ACCUCCAGGCACAGUGAAGAGGACAUGGUAUAAAAAGAGCUGAGGGACCUUGAGAGAGAGUGGCAGCUUUCAUAAACUCAGAUUUAAUAAACGUGGAAUAUUCACAAAACUAGGAAAACCAACUUUGCAUUUACAGCCUUCAUCACUGGCCUGUAUUUUCCGCCCAUCGUCAGAGAAGUCCCUAUGGCACUGCUGAUGAAUUAUUGGAUGUGUUUGGUUGCUCUAUCAUUGAAAGUGACCUCAAGCCAUGCCUUGAGAAGAAUUGCCCUGAAGAAGAUGCCAUCUAUCAGAGAGACACUGCAGGAGAUGGAUGUUUCUGCUGAGCAGGUGUUGACUGAGUUGGCCCAGAAGAGCACAGACAACACCCAUAACGGGACUGUUCCCACACCUCUAACCAACUACUUGGAUACUCAGUACUUUGGGGAAAUCAGCAUCGGCUCACCAGCGCAGAUGUUCAACGUGGUGUUUGACACAGGCUCAGCCAACCUGUGGGUGCCCUCGCAAAGCUGCUCACCUUUCUCCACUGCCUGUUUUACUCACAACAGGUACGAUGCCUCCAAAUCCCGGACUUAUGUUGAGAACGGAACAGGAUUUUCCAUCCAGUACGCUUCUGGAAAUGUCAGGGGAUUUUUGAGCGAGGAUGUUGUUGUGCUUGUUCAUUUCCUGCAGGUUGGUGGUAUCCCUGUGGUGCAGGUGUUUGCUGAAGCCAGUUCUCUGUCAGCCAUGCCUUUCAUCUUUGCCAAGUUUGACGGAGUCCUGGGCAUGGGUUACCCCAACGUGGCCAUCGAUGGCAUCACUCCAGUAUUUGACCGCAUUAUGUCUCAGCAUGUCCUCAAGGAAGAGGUGUUCUCUGUCUACUACAGCAGGGACCCAAAACAUUCCCCAGGUGGAGAGCUGGUCCUCGGUGGCACAGACCCAAACUACUACACUGGAAACUUUAAUUAUAUGGACACCAUAGAGACGGGCAAAUGGGAAGUUAGCAUGAAAGGUGUUUCUGUGGGGAUGGAGAUGAUGUUUUGUGCAGAGGGCUGCACAGCUGUGAUCGACACAGGGUCCUCCUAUAUCACAGGCCCAGCCUCCUCUGUGUCUGUGCUGAUGAAAACCAUCGGAGCACAGCUGGAUGAAAGUGGAUACAAAGUCAACUGUGACACUGUCAAGUCAUUGCCCAGCGUCACUUUCCACCUGGGUGGUCAGGAUUACUCACUCACUCAUGAGGAUUAUAUCUUAUGGCAAUCACAGAUUGAAGGGGAGGUCUGCACUGUCACCUUCAGGGGCUUGGAUGUGCCGCCCCCUACAGGUCCCAUCUGGAUUUUGGGUGCCAACUUCAUUGCCCGCUACUACACAGAGUUUGACCGUCGCAAUAAUCGGAUAGGGUUUGCUACAGCGGUCUGACACGAAGUUAAACAUCAGCCAUGCUGCUCAGUUAUCUUUUUCUCUAUCUUGCUGCUAUCUCCUCUUUGUCCAGUCCUUGCUUCAGUUGCUUUUUAUGAUAGCUCAUGAUCAAACUGCAUCUGUUUUACAAAAAUGAUAAAGAAGAGUGCACAUUAAGGGAUAUCAUCCUCCCAUUUCUUGCAAAUCCUGUUUUCCUAUUAUAUAAUAUAUUUUGUACCAGUUGCACUGAACACCUUCUAAACUUAUUUUUUAUUUAUAAGCAUUUACCAGCAAAUGGAAAGUUUCUGUGUGCGUGUGUGUGUGUGUGUGUGUGUGUGUGAGAGACUCUGCUGAUUAUUAUCAUACAGCAACAGUGGAACUCCAUAUCUGUAUUGUAUUGACGUGACAAGAAUAAACUUGUUCCAGCCUGACUUCAAUAAUGAUUGCAUUGUUUUGCUCCAAGUCUGUCAAAUGCAUUUUGUGACCAUGUGAAAAGUUUAAUUCAAUUUAGUUUGAUUUAAUCAGCCACACCAGAGCAGUCACAUAAAUAUUUGUUAUUGUUUAUUAAUAACUGUAUAUAAAUAUUUCUAUUUUUUUAGGUAAAACAAUUGGAUGCACAUUUGUUUCGUGUGUGGCAAUUGUGUGACUGUGAUGUGAAACCUUCUCCCACUUAAACUGCCUCUGUACAGUGAGGCUUUAUCUUUAGUAACUGACAUUUACAGUAGGAUUGAGUGCCAGAUAUAAUGUCACAAUCAUAUUUUCCAAAUCAAAUUAUCCUUUUGCUAGUUAUUGUGCAGCUCGUGAUCCCUGACACUAAGGAAUUGUCUUUUUCCGUUGUAAAAAAAAGCCAUAAUAAUGUAUUUUGUCACCCAAGAAACUAUGGUUUAGAGUUGAAUUCCUGUUUUUAGUAGCUGCAGUUCGCAUCACAAAAAGCUUUGAACUACGAAACUCGCCAAAGACAGUUAUUUCUGCUUACUUAGCAGGCGAUGGAGACACAAAGAUAACAAAACAAUAAAAGCACAUAUUCAUCA